AUGAGUAAGAGGAAGAAGCUUCGGACCUCAGGAGAAGGAAUCCGUCCUGCAAAACCUCCAAAGAACCCAAGGCUAGGAGACUCUGAUGGGGGCCCCCAGAGUUCCAAGUCGGACCAUUUGCGUCACCUUGAAGAGCCAGAAGGCAAGCUGGGACCUGCUUCCUCUAUACAGCACAGCAGGGAGGAACCGGGACAGGCGGUCCCCAGCUCCCCUGAUGAGGAAACAGGAGCUCCGUGCAGGCUCCUCAGGCCACCAGAGGAGCCACCUGCCCUCCCUCCUUCCCAGAACUCAGUUGGGAGGUUUGUUCCCCAGUUUUCAAACCCCAGGAAGACAGUGGCAAGAAAAGCAGAGACCAGGGAAGAGGACCUCGGGAGUGGGGCCUUCAGCCUGGAAACGCCUCCAGAGCCUAGUGCCUGGCAGGCAGGAAGCCGGCAGCGGGAGGAGUCCCUGGGGCUCACUGUCCAGGAGGGCAGGGACCCGAUGCAGGCAGAUGGCGCCUGUCCUGAGCAGAGCAGCCAGGACCCCGCGAACCCCCUGCCCAGCCGUGGGGAUGCUCAACCCAAGGCCUCUCCAGAAGGUGGGGCAGGGCCUGCUGCCCCACAGAUGGCCAGCCAGGACCACCUGUUGGAACCUGGGACCAACAUGCUGCUUGGCGGAAACUCGGGGAACAGCGGCCCUGAGACAGAGAAGGCCUGGGUUCCAAGCAGUGGUGGCCAGAAAGGGCACCUACUGAGCAGCGAUGCUGGAGGGAAGGAGCCAGACGGAGGAGCCCCCCAGAGGGGAGGUGCCCAAAGGGGGGCAGAGGCUGACCUGCCUGGAGGGUCCCAGGAGGAAGGAGAUGGUGUCCUCAGCGCCCCAGCAUCAGCUUCUCCCUCAGACCCUGCUCGGGGACUGGGCCCUGCCACUUGGUGCCCAGAGCCCAGGUUUGCGGCCCAGGAUCUCCCUGACCCGUGGCAGACACCCCAUGGGACUGGCAGGGUUGCAGAGCAGAGCCGCAGCAGCCCGGGAUGCUCCUCCCUGGGGGAGGUUGUCAGUGCAGACCUGAGCAUGGACCCCCCAGAGGUGGAACAGAGGGUCCUAGAGGUGGCCGGGCUGGAUGAGCAGGCCGACGCCAGGUCUCCUGCCUCUCCCGGGGGGAAGGUCCCUGACGGAGGCCACAGGAUGGUCCUGCCAGGCUGCACACCCCUCACCGGGGACACCUCAAGAGGCAGAGGGGAGGUGGGGCAGGAAGACAAGCCCCCUGGCGACAUCCUGGUGGGCCCUGCGACCUCCCUGGCUCUGGUUCCUGGGAACCAAGAGCCCACAAUGGGUGCUGGAGAUUCUGGCCAUCUAGCCCCAGAUACAGGUCCAGGUGUCAGUCAGAAACAGGUGCCAGGCCCUGACCAAGAGGCAGCUGAGUUAGGUAGCUGGAGCCACGAACAAGACCCCAAGGGGCCCAGUGUGUCCCUCCAAGCCUCUGGUCCGCUGGAGCACAAAGAAGCGGCGGAUGGCCCUCGGGAGACCCGGGCCCGCCAGGACAGUCCAGACACCCCUGUGGACCCAGGGGCACUGCAGCCCGACCAUCCUCCUCAUCCUGCAGACCAGGCCACCUGGGGGGGCUCCUUAGCCGUGGAGCUCGACUUCUUGCCGGACAGCCAGAUACAGGAGGCACUAGACGCCUCCGACUUUGAAUCCCCGCCUGAGCAGCUGUUUCCUGCGAGGAGCAGGCUGGGCCCUGGCAGGCCUGGCCCCAGCCCAUGUACCAAUGGAGACCCCACCGAAAUGGCCAAGGCCCAGCCAAGCCGGCUGAUCAUGAGUGCCCACCGCGACCUAGAAGUCUUCAAGCGCCUGGGCUACCGCAAGGCAAAGCUGGCAGGGAAAGCCCCCCUGCCCUACUCCUCCAAGGGGGCUGGGAAUGUGCCCCGGGGGGAGCAACCCUGGAGGGACUUGUAG